CAUCCACAUCCUCGUCGAAGGAACUGCAUCAGCUUGACAUCAGGAAUCCGUUUUCCUUACUGAUCUCCCAGACCGCACCAACGAUGCCAUGGAUUUUCCCUGUGGCUAGCGACGAACUCCAGACUAGAAUCCAAUUGCAGACGGCAUCCUCAGGAGGCAGCUCAUCCCGGGAAGAAGAUGAUGCACGCUCAUCAAGAGAAGAACACCUCUUGUUAAGGAGGAGGAGGCUCACUGUACCUAAUGCUACUUCACUUCUUUUUGAUUUCACAAAGAGCAAAAACGAGGGAGGUAACUUAGAGGACACAUGGGACGAUACUAAUUUGACAAUCACAAUGACCAUGCAAGAAGUGUCACUUUCCGGUGUACUUACUUUCCUCCUUAGGAAGAUUCUGUGAAAGUGUAAGCGAAAGCAAGAGCCUCUAAUAUUGGAGGAUGGAGUUCGGAUGGAACUACAGCCGGAUCUUCAAGAGAGUGGAGGGACGAAUUUCAAUCCUACAGCUGAGUUGAACAGAGGACACUAUGAUCCACCAGGUGCCCUAGCCGCGUUUCAACAUUCAACGCCACCAGCAACCUCUGGAACAAGAGCGUCAUCACCGCAGCAGGACGAGCAGCGUGUUUGUCCUAGACCAUCGGAAAUCAGCACAGGAGCAAUUGGUGGAACAAGUUACUCUGCUUUGGGCGGGACUAGCAUGUUGAUGAAUACAGGAGCG